UGUAAAUAUAGGGAGACAUAAAUUCAGUUCUAUUCCUUCAUGGAAGUAGUCCACAUCCCAAAACAAAAAUACACAAUCCAAAUACGAGCAGUUAAAUAAAAAGAAAAGAAAAGUACAUUUUGUACAUUUUUUUUUUACGAUUUUAAUAACAGCUGUAGCUAACAAAUUCAAUUGCGAACAUGUUGAAGCGGACUGGACAGAAACCGCGGGAAAAAACUAAAGCUUUCACCGCGACGAAGCGCCUGGCUUUCGACAGUGUAAAUUUGGAGCUCACCUCGCGUAUUCCGCUGGGAGAUCGUGAGUAUGGAUUCAUCAAGACCAACAAAGGGGGCACUCCGUUUCCAAAGAAAUCGGAUCCCUUCCGCCCACAAACGCUGUCGGACCGUCUGCAAGGUGCCCAGCGGGGUUCAGUUUCCUCAAUGAUGUCUGAUGAUGUCUCGAAGUCAAGUGAGUCUUCAUUCGAGGAACUACGUCGAGGCCCUUUUCGUGAUUCGGAAAUGUCGUUUGAAAUGAAACGGAAGCGCUUUGAUGAGGGCGAAUUCACAAUAACUCGGGGCAAGAAAACCAGCGACUGGUAUCAUCCGGUAAUUGACUAUAAGCUGUCCGAGCAUUCCAAGCGAGACUCUCAGCAGCAUGCCUUGCAACAGCUGGAGGAGUUCUGUCGUACCGCGAACAUCAAGAUAAGCAAGGGCUUCGACACUCCGAUACAACUAUAACACUAUCUCCACAUCGGUCAUACACAUAUAUAUAUUUAUUUAUUUAUACAUAUUUUCUAAGUCAAUAAACAACUGGGAACUAUUUGUCCCUUGCAUCGGA